UUUCCUACUUUUCCUUCGCUCGUUCCUUGACUUCCUUUCUCUUUUCUUCCUUGUAUCCCUCCACCCCUCCACCUUCUAUCUUUGUUCAUAAUCGCAUACAUUCCCAUUCCACUCUACACCUUUCCUACCCCUCCAAGUAAAUCUGCACACAGCUGGAUCAACAAUGGCCUCAAAACGUAAACGCAACUCGGCCGCCUCUACAGCCGAUCCCGCUGCCACACUCUCCUUCACACAUUCAGCAGAAAACACGCCACCGACCACGAAGGAGCCCCGUGUCUCACAGACCAGUUCAGCCGUCAGUAGCCAAGGCGAACAUGACGACGAGCAGGACAAGGAUGAGGAAGGCGGUGAUAUCAGUGACUCUCAAGAUAUUCCCCGUCGCGACAGCAGCAGCAGCGACAGCAGUGCCAGCGCAACACCCAUGUACAGUUAUCCGAUCAACCCGCCUCCGGUGGGUCGACCUGUGAGGAUCUACUGUGAUGGAAUUUAUGAUCUGUUUCAUUUCGGACAUGCCAAGGCACUGGAGCAGGCCAAGAAGGCGUUUCCAGAUGUCUAUCUGAUGGUUGGAGUCUGUGAUGAUAUUCAGACCCACCGUCGCAAGGGCAAGACGGUGAUGACGGAUAAGGAGCGCUACGAAAGUCUUCGCCACUGCAAGUGGGUUGAUGAGGUGAUCGAAGCUGCGCCCUGGAUUGUGGAUCAGGCCUUCCUGGACGAGCACAAGAUCGAUUAUGUAGCACACGAUGACAUUCCAUACAAAUCUCUCGACAGCGACGAUGUCUAUGCGUUUGUCAAGAAGAGUGGCCAUUUCCUUCCGACGCAGCGUACAGAAGGCGUGUCGACUUCAGAUUUGAUUACACGCAUUGUCAAGGACUAUGACCAAUACCUGCGACGUAACCUCGAGCGUGGUGUCCCAGCUAAAGAACUGGGCAUUGGAUUCUUCAAGGAGCAAGAGGUCAAGCUGAAGAAAUCGGCACAGGACCUCCGAAGCUCGAUCCGUCAGAACUGGACUGGCACCAAGGACGAUCUCAAGAGUGAAAUUGCGGUUCUCCGAAGCGAUCUACGACAGAUCAUGAACAUCUGGGAGGACAAGUCGCACGAUUUCGUCCGGGACACCUUUGGGGUUGAUUCCGUGGUCAACAAGAUCUUUAGCAGCAGACGUCGCAGGAACGGGGCGUCCUCAAGAUUGGUCACAGACACUGGCGGUGAUAGUCCCAAUACAGACGAAGGAUUGUCAUCGAGAACUGAUUCGCGGGAUGUUUCUGAUUCGGAGGAAGGAUAUGGCCGACAGGGAUCGCUUUGGAAGCAGCAAAAUGCAAGUCGUUCACAGAGUGAAGGGCUGGAUCUUUCAGAAGACAAGAGUCCUCUGCCAGCCUUGUGAAAGUAACAACAGUAGUUUGCAGCAGUCGAGCAGCUUCUGAAGACGGAGAGGGUUAUUGUUUUCUGGAGCAAUUCAAGAAUUAGUUGUUGG